AUGUCCGAACCAGCUCAAAAGAAACAAAAGACCACCGGAUCCUCCCUAGAACAACUAAAGGCUUCCGGUACCGUCGUCGUCGCUGACACUGGUGAUUUUGCCUCAAUCGCCAAGUUCACCCCACAAGAUUCCACUACAAACCCAUCUUUGAUCUUGGCCGCCGCUAAACAACCAGCUUACGCUAAAUUGAUUGACGUCGCUGUCAGUUACGGUAAGAAGAAUGGUAAGACCACUGAUGAAAAAGUGGAACUUGCUGUCGACAGAUUGUUGGUCGAAUUCGGUAAGGAAAUCUUGAAGAUUGUCCCAGGUAGAGUUUCCACUGAAGUGGAUGCUAGAUUAUCCUUCGACAAGGAAGCUACCAUCGCUAAGGCUUUGGAAAUCAUUAAAUUAUAUGAAGAUUUAGGAAUCUCCAGAGAAAGAGUCCUUAUUAAGAUCGCUUCCACUUGGGAAGGUAUUCAAGCCGCUAGAGAAUUGGAAAGUAAACACAAGAUCCACUGUAAUUUGACCUUGUUGUUCUCCUUCUCUCAAGCUGUCGCUUGUGCUGAAGCUAAGGUCACUUUGAUCUCCCCAUUCGUUGGUAGAAUCAUGGAUUGGUAUAAGGCUAAGACCGGUGAAACUUACAACGGUAGAAAUGACCCAGGUGUUCUUUCUGUCCAUAAGAUUUACAACUACUACAAGAAACAUGGUUACAAAACCAUUGUCAUGGGUGCUUCUUUCAGAAACGUCGAUGAAAUUAAGAACUUGGCUGGUGUCGAUUACUUAACCAUCUCUCCAAACCUGUUAGAUGAAUUAUUGAACAGUAACGAUCAUGUCCCAAGAGUCUUGGAUGUCGCUACUGCCAAGAAGGAAGGUGCUGAAAAAAUCUCAUACAUUGACGAUGAAGCUACCUUCAGAUUCAGCUUGAAUGAAGAUGCCAUGGGAACUGAAAAGUUGGCUGAAGGUAUUAGAAAAUUCUCUGCUGAUAUUGUCACUUUGUUUGAUAUGAUUGAAAAGAAGGUUACUGCUUAA